UCCCCCCUCUUUCUCUUCCCCAUUCUUUUUCUCUUCAGCUGCAGUCCAUCUGUUGCUGCAGUUUUUGCGCUGCCCCUCCUCAUAGCUAUUCAAGAGGACCUACUUCUCUAUCGCGCUGGAUCACGAUGGAGAAGUUUAAGAACAAGAUCGAUCACUUGGAGGAGCAUCUCAAAGACACUCAUAUCGAGAGUUUCGAGGCAAAGGCAUCGCAUUUAAAGCACAAAGUCGGCAAAUUCUUCAACAUCAUCAAUCCCAAUCAUCGCCACGAUGAAGCGCACGAGCAGGAGACAGACCGCAAGAGAACCGCCAUUUCCGAGGCCAACCGCUUUCAAUCAUUCGCUCCCAUCCGCGAGGGUAACAGGGUCAAAUGGUAUGUCGAUGCGUUGGACUACAUGUGGGCGGUCUCCAUCGCCUUAGAAGAAGCCCAGGAGGUCAUCUACAUCGCCGACUGGUGGCUCUCCCCAGAGCUCUUCCUCCGCCGGCCUGCGUUCAUGGAGCAGGAAUGGCGGCUGGAUCAGGUCCUCAAGCGCCGCGCCGAGGCCGGUGUGAAGAUCUACGUCAUUGUGUACAAGGAGGUGAAUCAAGCAUUGACCUGUAACUCGGCCCAUACGAAGCACGCUUUGCGUGCCCUCUGUCCCGAGGGAUCUCCCGGAUACGGGAACAUCAAAGUUCUCAGACAUCCGGAUCACAACAUCUUCGAGAAUGCUGCGGAUAUGACACUGUAUUGGGCCCAUCAUGAAAAGUUCAUUGUCAUUGAUUAUGCGCUGGCGUUUAUUGGAGGUAUCGAUCUGUGCUUCGGAAGAUGGGACGCCCAUCAGCACCCCCUCGCGGAUGUCCACCCGUCAAACUUGAGGGACGAAAUCUUCCCGGGACAAGAAUUCAACAACAACCGGAUCAUGGAUUUCCAGAGCGUGCAAGAUUGGCAGCAGAACGAGCUCAGCAAGGCGGACUACGGCCGGAUGCCUUGGCAUGAUGUUGCCAUGGGUUUGAUGGGUGACUGUGUGUAUGACAUUGCCGAGCACUUUGUUCUUCGCUGGAACUUCAUUAAGAGGGACAAGUAUAAGCGGGACUAUGGCGUUGAUUGGCUUAUGCUCGAGGGUCGCACCGGGGAGGACGAGGAUCUAGUGGGAGUACAACGCCCGAAAUACCCCUGCGGCGACUACGUGCAACAUCCCCUGAAGCCUCUUGACACGAAGCCCCUUGGCAAACAAGGGUUUGCGCGGGCACAGAUCGUGCGCAGCAGCGCUGAUUGGAGCAGUGGUAUUCUGAACGAGCAUAGUAUUCAGAAUGCCUAUAAGGAGGUUAUCGGCCAGGCCCAGCAUUUUGUCUACAUUGAGAACCAAUUCUUCAUCACUGCCACGGGAGACAAGCAAGCGCCCAUUCUGAACACAAUCGGGCGCUCAAUUGUGGAUGCAGUUGUUCGAGCGGCUAAGGAGAGAAGAAAGUUCCGAGUCAUCAUUGUCAUUCCCGCUAUCCCCGGAUUUGCAGGAGACCUCAGACAGAACGCAGCGACCGGCACCCGAGCGAUCAUGGACUAUCAGUAUAAGUCCAUCCAUCGCGGAGAGCACUCCAUCUUCGGGCAGAUCGCUGCCCAGGGUGUGGACCCGAGAGAACACGUCUUCUUAUUCAACUUGCGUGCCUUUGACCGUAUCAACAAGACCCCAGCUCUUGAACACCUGGAAAAAGAGGCAGGCGUGACGUAUAACGACAUCCAGCGUGGAAUUGCGGAAUCUAUCAUGAGCGACAGUGUUCAUCCGGCCAUUGACAACGAAGGAGACCGGCAUGAAGUUGGCUACGAUAACGCCCAACAGGAGAAGGAGGCUCGGAUCGCGCAGCUGCGCAAGUACGAAGAACAAUUUGAACGCCAUAAGGAGCAAGAGGGCCUGAAGGGUAAUGACACCGUGGCCCACACCACGAUGCUCAACGGCGGCAAAAUGUCUGACGAGCCCUGGGGCGGCGACCCCGAAGCCGAGAAGGAAAACAUUGUCCAAGAGGAGCUCUAUGUGCACGGUAAGGUGUGCAUUGUUGAUGACAGAAUCGCCAUUUGUGGAAGCGCCAACAUCAAUGACCGGUCCCAAUGCGGCUAUCACGACAGCGAAUUAGCCAUCGUUGUCGAAGACCAAGACUACAUCGACAGCACCAUGGACGGCCAGCCGUACAAAGCCGCCCGCCUUGCAGCAACCCUGCGUCGCCAACUGUGGCGCGAGCAUCUCGGCCUGCUCCCUGCGCAGGAAUACGAUGCCUCCCAACACCCCAAUGCCCAGCCCCCGUACACGUGCAUGAAUCAGAUCCUCGAAGGGCCGGAGAACGACUUUGUCACGGAUCCCAUGAACGACGCACUCUGGGAGAUGUGGACCGGCCAGGCUACCACCAACACGGAUAUGUACCGGAUGCUUUUCCGUGCCGAUCCUGACGACAACAUCCACACCUUCGAGGACUACGACAAUUUCUGCCCUAAGGGAAACAAGCAGGGACAUUUGUUCGAUCCCUACCAGCCCAUCAAGGAAGUGCGCGAGAAGCUCGAUAAGAUCAAGGGUCAUUUGGUCUGGAUGCCGUUGGAGUUUUUGAAGGAUGCUAAUAUGGCUGAACCUGGUUUGCAGGUGAACCAGAUCACCGAGAGUAUUUACACCUGAUUGUUUUUGCUUGUGAUAUCUAUGGCCUCGCAUCUAUUCCCAUAAUAAUCACUUUGUAUCUGCGAUGUACAUUCGCAAUGGUCCAGUUUCGGCAGAGUAAAGGGCACGCGUGUAGAUCUAGAUACUAUAAUCUGGUGUGUAGCCUGUGGCCGUGUAUCCAACCGGUAGAGAUACCAGACU